GGAGAUUAGAAGUGAUUUCAUGUCGUUGUUUAUGUAGCUAUCGAUUAGCUAUCGAGGAUGCCUUCCAGAGUUCUGCCUGCAGAUGGCGGCCUCAAAACGUUUUGGGAAGUUUCUAUUGGCGCGUGGGCCAGCCACAUCAUGUCGUUGGGCUUCAACUCCGCGGUAACCGCUCAGAAAAUCCAUCUUCGAUCUCUUCAACUAUCUUUGACACAACUGCGACAGAUACGUCCCUAAUCGAGAGUGCACGAGAAGGUCAUGGCUGGCAGUCUAAGGAAGAGGUUUGGAUUGUUCAGAUGGAAAAAAGAGAGUCGGGAGAAGUCGAAGGCACAGGACGGUCCGGAAAUACAUGGCAGCAUCGCCUCAGCGAAUUCAUCAGAAGUUUCCGUUCUUCGCCCUGAGAAAGCCGCUUCAUCGACCACAGUAACCCCUUCACUCCCGCAAUCGACGAUAAAUGCCUCUCAAACCCCCGCUCCAGCAGUACCGCCUACCCCUUCAAGCAAAACAUUGGCCGUUCUGAGCAACACCAGCGAUAAGGCCGCAAGGGCACCUCAAACGGCAACAGAUGGCCAAGCAGUAGAGAUCGGAGAAAACUUGGUUGCGGAUGCCUCUCUUUGGGAUAGAGCCUACGAUGCUCUCAAGGAAGAAGAGCCCGAUCGAGUCACUGAGUAUGAGCAGCUUUUGUCUAGGGUGCUUAUUAGAGUCCCAUCUAUAUCCCAGCUAGCGUCGAACCAGACGGACGAUGUUAAGAUUGCGAAUCAAGUCCCCCAGAACGAUCCGAUCGCACGCCGCAAGAAGCUGAAAGAGAUAACGGAACUUGGUCUGAAGCAUAUGGAAGACAAGAAGGUUAGCACAACACUACUGGGACACGAGAUUGUCCUCCAGGAUGCUGUGGCAAAGGUCGCCGGAGCUGUGGAGUGGGUCGAGGGCCAUGUCAAGGACGCCAUCAAGGACCUACCAUACGCCUCCAUCGUCAUGGCAGGCGUGUCCCUCGUGCUCCCCCUCCUGAAGAACCCCGCCGCCGCUGAAGAAGCGAACCGGGAUGGGUUUGCCUACGUCACGUCACAGAUGCGUUACUUCGCCGUAAUGGAGUCGUUGUUGUUACCUCAAGACAUGAAGCCCGACUUGAAGGGCGACCUUACGGAGCGUCUUGUUGACUUAUAUAAACUCAUCAUCGACUUUCAAAUACAGAGCGUCAUUCGGUUCUACCGCACUCAAACCAAGAACUUCUUCCGAGGAGCCAUCAACUACGACGGCUGGGAUCAGAAGCUGCAGUACAUCAAGGAUACCGACGUGGCGCUAGUUUCGAGGUUUGAGACGACUAUGUCUGCUAGCCGUCUUCAGGUGUUGAGGGAUCUUGCUGGGAGAGCAGAGGAAUCACGCAUAGCCCUUAACAGCCUGCUUGCCAAGGUGCAGGAACAUAUCGAAGUCUCUCGACAACAAUUAGGCGUUCUUCAGAAGAUCAGCCAGCAUAUAACGGAUCCCCAGGACCAUGCCUGUCUGCAAGGUCUCCGAAUAACCGAUCCGCAUGACGAUAAGAGCCGUAUCGAGCAAGCCAAAGGCGGCCUUCUGACAGGCUCGUACUGCUGGGUCCUCGACAACGACGAUUUCAGACAAUGGCGCAACAAUCAAGACAGCCGGCUGCUAUGGAUCAAGGGCGACCCCGGCAAGGGCAAGACGAUGCUGCUCUGCGGAAUCAUCGACGAGUUGACAAAGUCGAUCCCUAACACUACGACUGUCUCGUUCUUCUUCUGCCAGGCUACUGAUGCGCGUAUAAAUAACGCCACGGCUGUCCUUCGCGGCCUGAUAUUCCUUCUUGUCAGCCACCAGCCAUCGCUCAUCUCGCACGUACGGCAAAGGUACGAUCAGGCGGGGAAGCAACUCUUCGAGGAUGCAAAUGCCUGGGAGGCGCUGUCGAAGAUCUUCACCAACAUUCUUGAGGAUCCGCACCUGCAAAGCACCUACCUGGUCAUUGACGCGCUCGACGAGUGUACCCGAGACUUGAGCCGACUCCUCAACUUUAUCGCCAAGACGUCGUCGACAUACUCGGAUGUCAAGUGGAUCGUAUCCAGUCGCAACUGGCCGAAUAUCGAGAAGGGUCUUGACGAUGCGACACAGAAAGUAAGACUAUGUCUUGAGUUGAACGAAGAAUCUGUGUCUGCGGCUGUUGCCAAUUAUAUCCAGUCCAAAGUCGAUUUGUUAGCGAAACAAAACCAGUACGAUAACGACACGCGAGACGCUGUCCAGGCCUACUUGUCGUCGAACGCAUACGGCACUUUCCUCUGGGUAGCCUUGGUCUGCCAGGAACUUGCCGGUAUCUCGGGAUGGGAAGCUGAAGAAAUGCUGACGGCGCUUCCGCCCGGACUAGAUGCCCUCUACGAGCGGAUGAUGAGCCAGAUCUGCAGUUCAAGACACUCCAAGCUCUGCAAAAAUAUAUUGGCCGUCGUCUCGGUUGUGCGUCGGCCAAUUACGUUGGAUGAACUGCCGUCUCUGGUGGAUAUGCCCCCUCGAUGCUCUGGCAGUCGCGAAGUUCUGGCAGAAAUCGUAGGGCUUUGUGGCUCUUUUCUGACGCUCCGAGAUCACACUAUCGCGUUCGUUCAUCAGUCUGCCAAGGACUUUUUGGUCCAAAAGGCAUCUAGGGAAAUCUUCCCUUCCGGGAUACAACAUGUACACCGCUCUAUCUUCUCACGAUCGCUACGAGUUUUGGCCAAUAUACUGCGUCGUGACAUCUACGGCCUCAGCGCUCCUGGAUUCCCCAUCGACCAAGUUAAGCAGCCCAAUCCAGAUCCGCUAGCUGCAGCGCGGUAUUCGUGUGUAUAUUGGAUUGACCAUCUGAGUGAAUGCGACCCCACCCGCGAUGAGGUCGAGUCCAUUGACAGGUUUCUGCGUCGGAGCUACCUUUACUGGCUUGAAGCUCUGAGUCUUCUCCGUAUGAUGUCGGGUGGAGUCAUUGCUAUAGGGCGGCUCGAGGGCCUGCUAGAACGCGAGAAUCGGGAGCAGUUAACAAGCUUUGUUCGCGAUGCACACCGGUUUGCUCUAGCCUACAGAUGGAUAAUAGAGCAAGCCCCUCUUCAAGCAUAUGCAUCAGCCCUUGUAUUUGCACCAACUGGCAGCUUGGUAAAGAAAAUGUUCAAGGAAGAAAAGCCUGGAUGGCUUAGUACGGGACCAGUUGUAGAAAUGCAAUGGAAUGCCUGCACACAGACGUUAGAGGGCCAUGGCAGCUCGGUCUGGUCGGUCGCGUUCUCGCCGGACGGCCAGCGCGUGGCAUCGGGCUCGGACGACAGGACCAUCAAGAUCUGGGAUACGGCAUCGGGAUCCUGCACACAGACAGGGACAUGGCAGCUGGGUCAUGUCGGUCGCGUUCUCGCCGGACGGCCAGCGCGUGGUAUCGGGCUCGCACGACAGGACCAUCAAGAUCUGGGAUACGGCAUCGGGAUCCUGCACACAGACCGUGUGGCAUCGGGCUCGCACGACAACACCAUCAAGAUCUGGGAUACGGCAUCGGGAUCCUGCACACAGACGUUAGAGGGCCAUGGCGACUCGGUCAUGUCGGUCGCGUUCUCGCCGGACGGCCAGCGCGUGGCAUCGGGCUCGCACGACAACACCAUCAAGAUCUGGGAUACGGCAUCGGGAUCCUGCACACAGACGUUAGAGGGCCAUGGCAGCUGGGUCAUGCCGGUCGCGUUCUCGCCGGACGGCCAGCGUGUGGUAUCGGGCUCGCACGACAGGACCAUCAAGAUCUGGGAUACGGCAUCGGGAUCCUGCACACAGACGUUAGAGGGCCAUGGCGACUCGGUCAUGUCGGUCGCGUUCUCGCCGGACGGCCAGCGCGUGGCAUCGGGCUCGCACGACAACACCAUCAAGAUCUGGGAUACGGCAUCGGGAUCCUGCACACAGACGUUAGAGGGCCAUGGCAGCUGGGUCAUGCCGGUCGCGUUCUCGCCGGACGGCCAGCGUGUGGUAUCGGGCUCGCACGACAGGACCAUCAAGAUCUGGGAUACGGCAUCGGGAUCCUGCACACAGACGUUAGAGGGCCAUGGCGACUCGGUCAUGUCGGUCGCGUUCUCGCCGGACGGCCAGCGCGUGGCAUCGGGCUCGCACGACAACACCAUCAAGAUCUGGGAUACGGCAUCGGGAUCCUGCACACAGACGUUAGAGGGCCAUGGCAGCUGGGUCAUGCCGGUCGCGUUCUCGCCGGACGGCCAGCGUGUGGUAUCGGGCUCGCACGACAACACCAUCAAGAUUUGGGAUACGGCAUCGGGAUCCUGCACACAGACGAUAAAUGUUGAUUCAGUUGCUACCCAUCUAUCGUUCGACCAUACCAACGCUUAUAUUAACACGAAUAUCGGGCGUAUCCAAAUAGCCACGGCUACCAUAGAAAGUCCAAAUCAGCUAAGUAGUCCGUUCUUGGCUGUUACUCAGGAAGUGUUAUAA